AUAAAAAAGAGCGCCCAACGGAUGCCGCAAGUCCUGCUAAAGCCAUGGCGUCUGCAGGUCCCGACGGCGGCCUCAGCUGGUUCAUUGCUGCGCUCUGCUUUGUCGUGAACAUGCUCUUCUCCUCCUUCCUGCGCUGCGGCGGACUCUUCUUCACAUCCUUCAUGAGCACGUACGGCGCUACCCGCGGAUACGCGUCCCUUCCGCUGAGCAUGUACAGUGGAUUCGUCAACCUCUCUGGUCUCCUCGCUGGGCCGCUCAUCCACUGGUUUGGUGUGCGCACGGCCGCUGUGCUGGGUGGCCUCAUGAUGGCGAUGGGCUGCACGAGUUCGUACUUCGCUACCGGCAUACCUUUUCUAGUCGGCUCUUUGGGAGUCCUCGCUGGGUCCGGUCAUGGAAUACUCUUCAGCUGCGUCAUUAUUGCCAUCAACGAAUACUUCGACAAACGGCGUGGCGUGGCAUUGGGCAUCAACCUGACCGGUGCGACGGCAGCAUCUUUUGUGUUCGCACACAUAUUUGACCUCCUCCUCUCAGAGUACGGCCUCCGCGGAACCCUGGCUAUUACAGGAGCCCUCCUACUCAACAUAGCAGCACUAGGCUUUCUUUUCCGAAAACCGCCAUGGCAAGAAUCAGCGUUCGAGACAGACAAGGUCGUUGGAGAAGACGCACAGAAGUAUUGUAUCGAACCAGUGACAUGUUUACUUGACGACAACAAGGCUGAAGAUAGGAGGCCAUCUGCCAUUCUAUCCACGCACACAGUUUCCCUUAGGCGUUGUGGAACACUCGUAAUAGUGACGGAUAAAGAGACGUCAAUUCAAGGCACAUCAAGCAUAAGAAGUCCGCCAGAAUGUUUGCCACAAGAAGACCACACGGUCGAAGGCGUUCUUGACGACACAACUGGAGACGAUGAAAUGAACCUCGCGUGGUCGAGGAGGGGGACGCUUUUGAGCGUCGCAGGGUCCUUGCUCGAAGAGGAAAAGGCCUUGUGCUCUUCGAGGCGAGGAACAGUCAUUAGCCUAACACGAAAGGGCUCGAUUAUUGGCGAUCUCGACCUUAGGAAAGUUGCUCUUCUUCAAGAGGCAGCAGAUACGGAAGGAAGGUCGAGGACUACAAGCGAGCAGAGUUUCAUGAGACCUAAUGGUUGUGGCAACCGCACCGAUGCUUCGAGGCGAAGUACAGUCACUAACUUGGGAUCUCGAUGCCAGAUAGAAGUGCCCUGCAUGCCGGAAGAGCCUAUCCGCAUACUCAUCCAGCAAGAGCACGAACGCUCAUCCGAUUCGGCUCUCGAUAGCGUCAAGGAAGUUCUGCGACUACCCCGCUUCUAUUGCCACAUGUUGAGUUAUUUCUCGUACUCCUUUCUCCUGGACACUGUGCUCGCGGUCGCAGUGGACUACGCUGUCGAUGUGGGCAUUGACAGUUCGAGUGCUGUGUUAGUGCUUACCUUCUUCUCGGUGACGGACACCAUCGGGCGACUUUUCGUGCCCUUGCUAACGGACUUCAAGGUUGUGUCGCCGCUCAGCCUGAUGUGUGUAGCGUAUUUGGCGAUCUCUGUGAUAGCGUGCUUGACGCCGUACGCUCACGACAUCGCGCCAUUCUGGGCAGCCAUGAUUACGCUGGGAUUGCCGGCAGGGUACAUACUGGUGGCUAUCUCUGAAGCGGUUGCCGUCGAAGUUGGCAUUCGUAACUUACCUAUCGCCUUCGGCAUCCUGUCUGGCUUGACUGCUGUCGGAGCCUUCUUGAGGCCAGCAAUCAUAGGUUUCUUCCGAGACAGCUACGGAUCGUAUGACGGCCUUUUUCGUUUGAUGGGAUGCAUGGUGCUGUGCUCUUUCCUGCUCACCGCUGCACUCUGGAUACAGGACCGGCGGAAGACGUCCACGCCACCGACCGAAGCAUCCAAGGACGCCAUUGGUGAUCUUGACUCCCCUCCGCCUGCCGACGAGCACUCGUAGGGCACUGUGAUUGCGCAGAAAUAAGGACUUGAACUGCAUAG